UUCCACAGUAAAACGAAGUCUCGUAUUCGUUGUAUCAAAGAUGAUGUCAUUAUCAACGACAAAUGGCGUUUACCGAGAGAAAUGUACGCGAGAGAAUACUUCUUCAUUUAUCAUUCAAUUAUUUAAAUAUUAGCCCCCCUCCACGAUGUUUUGAUACUCUUGCAUCGGCUGUACGAAUAAUCAGAUUAUUGAAGGAUAAAACGUGAAAGAGAAUCAUUUAUUCAACCUAAAGAUCACGUAGCGCGCGUGCCUGAAACAUGAAUACGUUAAAAUCGAAUGGAUAUAUCGUCGACGCGUUCCAUGACGAGAUUAAGAAAACCUUCAAUAUGUCAAAAACUAGUACGGUACCCGGAUUGGCUUAUCUGCCAGCAAGAGAGAAGAAAAUUGCGGCUUAUUUUCUUGAAGCUAGAAGAAAAAUCGAUGGUGCAGAGGGAUUAUGGAGAAUCGAAAACAAAAUCUACGAUCUAGAAACUUUCGCGAAAUUGCAUCCGGGUGGUGAGGAAUGGAUUCGGCUCACAAAAGGAACUGACAUUACCGAAUUAUUUCAGAGUCAUCACAUCACCGACAAAGCCGAGCGACUAUUGCCGAAAUUCUACAUUCGUGAAGCCACAACACAGCGAUCUGUGCCAUUGACCUUUUUAUCGGACGGCUUUUAUCGCACAUUCAAGAGACGCGCUUUCGAGGCUUUGAAGAAUGUCAAUUUUCACCGAUCGUCAAUGACGACGGAUCUCAUCAUCGACUCCUUGAUGGUCAUGACUUUCGCACUGAGUCUCGCGGCCGCCUUCGCUCAUUCUUACGCUAUUAUUGUUUUUGCUAGUAUUUUUCUGACACUGACGACUGUUGCUGCGCACAAUUACUUCCACAUGAAAGACAACUUUCGCAUGUACUACUUCGAUCUCAGUAUGCUAUCUUCGAAGAAUUGGCGUAUCUCGCACGUAAUGAGUCACCAUAUGUAUACUAAUACUUUAUGGGAUUAUGAGAUUUACAUAGUGGAACCGUUUCUCCAAUGGAUCCCUCGUAAGGAUAAAUCCUACUUCGCGAGUUUGAUAAGCAAGAUCAUCAGUCCUAUCGUUUGGAUGUUAUUGUUUCUUGUGGAAGGUUUCAAACGAUACUACUUGGUAUUCAACGAAUAUAGAGUCUUUGAAUUUCGUGACUUCGUACCGUUUGUGCUGCCUUUAUUGAUGAGUUUGGUAGCGCCCAAGAUUCUCGUCGCACUCAAGCUGUGGCUGAUAAUGCUGUUGAUCAGUAGCGCUUUGUUUGGUUUGAUUGGCUUCAACGCGGCUCAUCAUCAUCCCGAUAUUUUCCACGACGGUGAUAUCUACAGGGAUGAUCUGGACUGGGGUCUGCUCGAGAUGGACUCAGUGCGUGAUCGCAAAGUGAUUGACGACUCGAUUUUCCUGGCGCUCACGAACUUCGGUUCGCACACACUGCAUCAUCUUCUACCCACUGUGGACCAUCAUUAUCUGCAUCUGUGCAUGCCCGCUUUUUUGCAGACGUGCAAAGAAUUCGGCCUCAAUUCGGACAAAUGGACGCAGUGGGAGCUUAUUAAAGGACAAUUUAGGCAACUCGCGCGAACUGAAACGAAGAAGAAUCACAGAUAGCGAUUCUUGUUUUCGACACGAGACAGUUCGUUCAAUUUUGUAAAAAAUUUCUUAUACAUUAUUUUAUAUAGUUUUUAACAUAAGUACAUAUCUUAGUUGAAUAGUAAGUGGAAUAAGCUCAAGUUGAAUUUCUUUAAAAUAAUGUAAGAGAUUUUAUAAAUCAAUAUUAAAUUUUUUUCAAUUGAA